ACAGGCAAGGUAGACAAACAGAAACAGGGGUUCAGAUACAAGUAUUCUCUCUCUCUCUCUCUCUCUCUCUCUCUCUCUCUCUCUCUCUCUCCCAGCAUCAAGCAAAAUGAACAAGAGCAUUCCUGUAGUCAGCAAGAUUUUUUGCUCAGGCACUCCAACAAUGCUGAUGAUAAGGAGGAGACCAAUUGUAGUGAACGGUGGUGGUUUUGUUGUUACUGACCUCAGUCAUAACAUUGUUUUUGUCGUGGAUGGUUGUGGAAUACUUGGAUCCAAGGGAGAGCUUAUGGUCAAAGAUGGUGAAGGAGAACCAAUAUUAUCCAUCUCUAAAAAGGGAGGAAUUGUCCAGGCGCUAAGCACAAGGAACAAAUGGAAUGGAUACUCCAUGGAUUACCAAGGAAAAAACACAUUGGUUUUUAGCCUAACUGAUCCGAAAUCAUGCACAGCGCAAGGUGCUCCGAUUAGAAUUCAUAUUGAACCCAAGAGGAAUUGUAAAAAUUGGGAUUUCGAAAUUGGUGGAUCUUUUGCAGAUAGAGACUGUACAAUAGUUGAUUGCACCAGAAAAAUAGUAGCCCAGAUGGGUAUGAAAGAGCUGAUAGGAGGCAAGGACUUCUACCAUGUGGAAGUGCAGUCAGGAUAUGACCAAGCUUUCAUCAUUGGGGUGAUGGCAAUUCUUGACAACAUACAUGGAGAAUCCACCAGAUGCUGAUAGCAUGUAUUAGAGAAUUUGCUCUUGUUUAUAAGAGUAGAAAAAUGUUCAAUAGCACUGAUCUUGCAACCUACUUUCAUCUUCAAGUAAGAAACAGACACAUGCUAGCACCAUCAUAAUGACUGUAUGACCCACAUGGAAUAACAUUCAGAGGACAGCUGAUGAUAUGAGCCUAACUUUCGCUGCCACUUACUUAUCUUUUUAAUAAACAGAGAGAUGUGACUAACUGACUAAAUGUACAGCAGCAUAGAGCAUCCCUAUUCCAGUGUUACAUACCUGGUACUUAAUAUAAUUCAAUACACAAGAAUUGCAAUUUUCAUGAAUUGUGAACAAAGUAACUAAAUGUGUACAUUGUACCACAGUCACCAGAAAUCUGGAUCGACUAUUCGACUGGGCCAUGGAUCAUGGGUGUCUAAAAAGUCCAAUGAAGUGAUAUCUCUUAAGCAGCAAAAACAGAGAAAGGAUGGGAAAUGUCUUGACUAAUUGAAAUCAUGAAGAAUGUUACUGCCUUAAAUUGGACUUCAUUUGAACAACUUAAAAUUAAUUUUAAUUCUGAGACCAACUUAAAUCCUCCCAAAAAGAUGAAAAGUGUGAUAUUGGAGGCCUAGUAGACAAG